AUGGCCUGCCUUGCCACCAGCUUCUGUGGGUUUCCCAGCUGCUCCACCAGUGGGACCUGCGGCUCCAGCUGUGGCCAGCUCAGCUCUUCUCAAGCCAGCUGCUGCCAGCCAACCUGUUCACAGGCCAGUUGCUGCCAACCAACCUGCUCCCAGCCCAGCUGCUGCGGAACCAGCUGUGGUCAGAAGUGUGUCUCUGGCGCUGUGAACUGCCGCACCCGGUGGUGCCGCCCUGACUGCCGCGUGGAGGGCACCUGUGUGCCUCCCUGCUGUGUGGUGAGCUGCACUCCCCCAACCUGCUGCCAGCUGCACCAUGCCCAGGCCUCCUGCUGCCGCCCAUCCUACUGUGGACAGUCCUGCUGCCGCCCCGCCUGCUGCUGCCAGCCCACCUGCAGCCAGACCACCUGCUCUGAGCCUACCUGCAACCAGCCCAGCUGCACCCAGCCCACCUGCAGCCAGCCCAGCUGCAGCCAGCCCACCAGCUGUGAGCCCAGCUGCACCCAGCCCAGCUGCACCCAGCCCACCAGCUGUGAGCCUACUUGCAGCCAGCCCAGCUGCACCCAGCCCACCUGCAGCCAGCCCACCUGUUAA